AACGAACAUUGGAUUGAUUCAUGCAUGAAUGCUGCAUCGACUCUGCUCGUUUAGCACCACGCGCAAGAUGGAAGAAACCCUGAAGGACCUGUGGGCUGCAUCCUAUGAUGGCUGGAUCAAUGUCCCUGGAGUGGAUGGUGUUCUGUAUUCCCGACCAUUGCUGGAUGGAGAAAGUCAAGAUGCUGAUCGCCAUCCGGCAUACCCCCCCUCGGUCCUGCACUCGCAUCUGUUUGCGUUUGGCGCGUGGAACCCCAUGGGCGAGCUUUGCUCUCGAGAACACAACAAUGCGGCGCAUGACAAACUGAAGGCGCGGAUGAAGUCGGUGGUGUUUCCGGAUACCUGCUGGGUUCGACACUCGUUUGGAUUCUCCAAGGAAUGGCGUGAGCCUGGGUUUGUGAUUGCUUGUCCGCCCCAGGAAGCGUACAACACCCGACAAACUGUACUGGAUCUCGCAUCCGAGUUCAAGCAAGGUGCGAUCUAUGAAUACGAGCCAAGGGCUGACAACCCUUCGGUGCUGCUUCGCAAAACCGCACAUUGCCUCAUGACGUCGACUGUGGAUGCCGAUGUGUUGGUCGUUCGCUCGGAUCGUCCUCCCAUCGGCAAUGCAGAGCCCUUUGGAAUGUAAACAGAUGUGUGCCUUGCGUCCCCUUAAAUGAUUCGAAUUCAUGGGCGGUGUCGACGUGCAACUUCCAGGUGGAUACUGUAUCGUCGUUUUGCUUUAUACUUCGAUCGGUCCGUUCUCCAAGUCCAAUGUCGGCUGAGUGCGCUAAUAAUGGAGCAGCACUUGACGGACGAUAACUCAACCAACUGAAAGGCAUCAGCCUGAGAUACUUCGAU